AUUGACACAAAUUGCGGACGUCGUGAGAAAUACCGGUUGGGCGGCUGUCAGUGUUCGUCGACAGUUUCUGUAUUUUUAAUUGAUUUGACAGUAACUCUUUCAGUGGAAUUUUAUAAGAUAUUGUGUGCAUAAUUUUAUAAUAUCUUGUAUAGGACUUUGACAUCCUUCGUGUUCCUAGCUACGACGAUAUUUCGACAGUGGGACUACCUUUUUAUUGACAGCCGUGUUUGGAGAACUUUUUCUUAUUCAGACAAUCCGAUGAACACAUAAUUCCAUGGAUCUCAUACGGACCAACGGUAUUCUACGAAAAGACUGUUACAAGAUGUCCACGAGAUGUACACUGCCUUCGAAUGCCUCAUAAUACUUUUCGGGCUUUAACCGGGGAAUGAGACUCAAUUCAGCUGCUUUGAUCUAGGAUGGCUGCUGAAACUGAACGCUGGAAGAAAAAGACCUAUACCAAUCGGCUAUACAAAUUAGCACUGAGACGCGUACCAAUCCUAGGGUGGUUACCGAAAUAUGACUCAGAAAAAUUCCUUAGCGACAUCAUAGCCGGUAUAACAGUCGGUCUUACCGUUAUGCCACAGGGACUCGCAUACGCGACGUUGGCUGGUUUAGAACCCCAAUAUGGUCUUUACUCGGCAUUUAUGGGCGCAAUAGUUUAUGUAAUAUUUGGUUCCUGUAAAGAUAUUACAAUCGGUCCUACUGCGCUCAUGGCACUAAUGACUCACGACUAUGUGCAAGGAAGAAAUGCUGAUUUCGCCAUACUUCUCGCAUUCUUAUCCGGUUGCCUGCAAUUAUUAAUGGCAUGUUUACGUUUAGGUGUGCUCAUAGACUUUAUCUCGAUACCAGUCACUGUGGGAUUUACCUCGGCAACGUCCGUCAUAAUCGUUGCUUCGCAAUUAAAAGGAUUGUUAGGUUUAAAAAUCUCGUCUCAAGGAUUCGUGGAUACCUUAAUUAAAGUCUUUCAAAAUAUCGGCGACACAAGUCUAUGGGAUACUGGAAUGAGUCUCUCUUGUAUCACGAUUCUAUUGUUGUUCAGGAAAAUGAAGGAUGUUAAGUUUCAUACUGUCGGCAAAAAGUCAACAAAAUAUCAACGUAUUAUCACUAAAACGAUAUGGCUGAUCUCCACGGCGCGGAAUGCCAUUGUCGUUGUUAUUUGCUCCGUUAUCGCUUAUAAAUACGAUUCAUCAGAAUCUGGAUCCCCAUUCAUUCUAACGGGUCCAGUGAGAUCUGGUCUUCCAGCAUUCAGCCUGCCACCUUUUUCUACGUCAGUUAACAAUCAAACUCUCACCUUCACGCAAAUGUGUUCUGAAUUGAGUACUUCCAUAAUACUAGUGCCGAUAAUAGCUGUACUCGGCAACGUGGCUAUAGCUAAGGCCUUCAUGAAUGAGGGUAAAGUUGACGCUUCGCAAGAACUCCUGACACUCGGAAUAUGUAACGUUCUUGGCUCUUGCGCGAGGUCUAUGCCGGUUACAGGCUCGUUCAGCAGAUCAGCGGUAAAUCAUGCCAGCGGGGUAAAAACUCCAAUGGGUGGAUUGUACACCGGAAUUCUAAUUUUACUGGCCCUCAGCCUGCUCACGCCAUACUUUUAUUUUAUUCCAAAAGCUUCAUUAUCGGCCGUGAUUAUUUGCGCGGUAAUAUACAUGAUCGAGUAUGAGGUUGUGAAACUGAUGUGGAAAUCGAGCAAAAAGGAUCUCGUGCCGAUGUUUGUUACUUUUUUGUUUUGCCUCAUCAUUGGUGUGGAAUAUGGUAUCUUGUCGGGAGUCGGCAUAAAUUUGAUAUUCAUAUUAUAUCCUUCCGCAAGACCUACAGUCCACGUCGACAGAUACACAACCGAUCGUGGUGCAGAAUACCUGCUGGUUACUCCGGGAAACAGCUUAUAUUUUCCAGCUGUCGAUUUUAUAAAGCAGUCGGUUGGUAAUGCUGGAAUUAAGCAAGGAUCUAGUCAAGUACCAGUUGUUGUCGAUUGCAGAUACGUCUUAGGAGCAGACUUUACAGCUGCUAAGGGUAUGAAAACAUUGAUUGAUGAAUUUAGUAGUCGGAAACAGGGACUGUAUUUUUACAAUCCAAGAUUGGACGUGGUUACCGUUUUGAAAGGUGCCUGCGGUGAUGAAUUUCAGUACGUUUCAACUCAGGAAGAGCUCUCUUAUCUAUUAUCAACAAGUCAAGACAAAUCUUCGCAACCACUUCUUGAGCAAACACAUGACAAAUUACAUGCAUCUUUAUCGCUAAGUAAUUCAGAAAUGUUUCAUAGAAAUCCACGUGGUUCCUGCCAUGAACUUAGUGAAGUUUCAAGUACACUUUUACACGCAACUGUAAGUUGAAAUUGAAUCUCAUUCAAUUUUUAUAUUAAUUAAAAAACAAGAGAUUUUAUUAAAUAGUUAGAAUGUUUACAUAGUUACAAUAUUUAUUUAAAUGAUAUUAAGCACACAAAACAAUAAAUUAAAAGCGAUGUAGAAAUAAAGUUAAAGUUUUUUUAAUACGAAUUUUUUCAUUCUUAUUUCUUAAUGCAAAAAGUUGUAAUUUAGAAGCUAUAAAUAAUCCUGCUGCUUGAGACCUAUAAAUAUUAUUUCCCUACAAAAUUAUUUCAAUCUCAUCUUCAUAUUUAUAUACACAUGUAAUACAUAGAAAUAAAAAUCUAUGAAGUAUA